UCUCUCGCGGCACGCGGUUGCCAUGGUAAUGAGCUCCCGGAGCGGAGUGUGGGUUUUGUGAGACUGUCGGGUUACUGGGCCCCGAGGCCGCCCUACUGGGGCGGCGGGGUCACCUAUGGGCCAGUCGAAAAGCAAACCCGGAGAGAAGAAAGUUGAGGAGGAAAAGAAGAUCACUACCACUUUAGUUACAAAGGCUAAGGAUAAAGUAAUGGAGAAGGAGACCAAGCAGUCUGACAAGGAGUCUCAGCCUGCCGAAAGCAUGCUGUUCGGGUCAAAGACAUCCAAGCACUCAAGGCCUUCGUCUUCCUCUGAAGACAAACCUGACACAAAGCAAAGGUCAAGCAAGAAGAGAAGUGUCAUCCCACAGAUCAUCAUCACCCGGGCCUCAAACGAGACGCUCAUCAGCUAUGGCGUCCCCGACAGCGACGAACAGAGAACCAUUCGGGAGCAUGCCGACUGGGGCCCAUACUACCGACACAGGAGCCCCAGCACAAUAGCAGCCUAUGAGGUGCAGAACACAGAAUAAAGGAGAGCUCGCAGUAGCUGUGAUCCUCA